AUGAUGCACCCGUCGCGGCAGGCAUACGUGGAGGAGGCAGACGAGGACCGUGGCAUGAGCCUCGACGAGGUCCCCGAGGACCAUGACUACGAAAUCCCCGGCACCGGUGGCGACAAGGCGUCCGCGAUCCUGUCACAGUUCGAUCGGAAGCGUCUCGCCGCCUCGAUAGCCGUACCGACCGACAAUGCGCGCAUAUUCGCCAAGCUGCGCGAGUUUGGCGAGCCCGUCACGCUCUUUGGUGAAGGCCCCGCCGAUCGGAGAGACCGUCUGCGCGAGCUCAUGACGCGGCAGGUCGAGCGUGGAAACGAGAAGAGUGGAGAGGGCGCGGAUGUUGACAUGGCGGACGCUGACGGUACUGGCGGCGACAACGAGGACGACGAGGCCGAGGAGGAGUUUUACACCAACGGCACCGAAGAACUGCUCCGUGCGCGGCAGGACAUUGCGCGGUACUCGCUCCCCCGGGCGCGACGGCGACUCGAGUUCCAGAAGCGCGAGUCCACAAUACCAUUACGCACGCACGUCAAGUUCAGGAAGCAGGUCAUCCGGGAGCGGCUCGGCGCAUUCGAGCUGCAAGGUAGUCAGACGGCAGGAGACCGCAACGUGAGCAUGACGCGGAUAUCGCCGGACGGGCAGGUCGUCGCGGCAGGCAAUUGGGGAGGGUCGAUCAAGCUGAUCGAGAUCCCAAGCUUGCGGGAGAAGAUGACACUGCGAGGCCACACAAACCGGGUCAGCGGUAUAUCGUGGAAGCCGGAUGCGGACACGAAUGCCCCAGCGACAGUGCAGCUCGCCUCCGGCGGCGCGGAAGGACAGGUGAAUCUGUGGUCACUCGAGCAGGACACGCCGCUGGCCACACUCCAGGGUCACGCGCAGCGGGUAUGCCGAGUCGAAUUCCACCCUUCAGGACGGUACCUCGCCUCCGCCUCCGAGGACACGACCUGGCGGCUCUGGGACGUGGAAUCUACAACCGAGCUCCUCUUACAAGAAGGCCACUCGCGUGGCGUGUUCGCAGUAAGCUUCAACACAGACGGCUCACUCCUGGCGAGUGCAGGCAUGGACAGCAUCGGGCGGAUCUGGGACCUCCGCUCCGGCCGCACGGUCAUGAUUCUCGAUGGCCACCUGGACGGACAUAUCAAACCGAUCCACGGUAUUGACUGGGGCUCCGAUGGGCACCGUGUGCUCACCGGGUCUGCAGACGGCUGGGUGAAAUGCUGGGAUGUUCGCAAGGUGCAGCGUACGGGCGGCGUGGGCGCACAUAACAGUGCCGUGUCCGAUUUGCGGUGGUACAAAGGCAUUGAUGACCCCUUGCUCGGCAACAACAUCGCACCACAGACAGACGAGCAGGGCAACCCUGUGCCCAAGAAGUCUGGCACGUUCUUUGUGUCCAGUGGCUUCGACCAGAAGGUAAACAUCUUCUCGGCUGAUGAUUGGAGCCUGAUCCAAACGCUGCACGGACAUACAGGCCCAGUGGCGAGCGUUGACGUGAGUAAAGACGCCCGCUGGAUCGUUAGCGGUGGUCACGACAAGACUGUGAAGCUGUGGGGCCGCAACGACAUGGAGCCUUUGUAA